AUGAACCUGCGCGGUGGCAACGUGUCAGAGUUGAUCUCCAACACCGUGAGAGCCGUAACCACUCUGGAGUCCAACACCUGGUCUCCACGUGGAUUUCAGGAAAGCACCCUGAGAAUCAAUAACGUGACAAACUCGGGUGGGUGUGCGCCGCGCACUGGCAUUGACGUGCACUUAGGGAACUUGUCUUACCGCAACGUCGGAGGAGUGUAUGGCGAGGAGGGCGGUAGGAUUUACGGGUCUCAUUGUCCCCAACGAGAGAUGGCAGUGGAAAAGAACUGGGCAGCACUUUUGAUUUUAGUUGUCAUUGCCAUCACGGUCAUGGGCAACAUUUUGGUGAUCCUGGCCGUCUCCCUGGAGAAGAAGCUGCAGAAUGCCACCAACUAUUUCCUGAUGUCUCUGGCGGUCGCUGACAUGCUCCUCGGCAUCCUGGUCAUGCCGGUUUCCAUGGUGACCAUUCUCUACGAUUAUGGGUGGCCGUUGCCCUCUGACCUUUGUCCCAUCUGGAUCUACCUGGACGUCCUGUUCUCCACGGCGUCCAUCAUGCAUCUCUGCGCCAUCUCUCUGGAUCGGUACAUCGGCAUACGCAACCCGAUCCACCACAGCCGCUUCAACUCCCACACCAAGGCCCGCAUCAAGAUCAUGGCAGUGUGGACGAUUUCAGUGGGGGUCUCCAUGCCGAUCCCUGUUCUGGGACUCAGAGACCACUCCAAGGUCUUCAAAGAGGGCAGCUGCCUGCUGACGGAUAACAACUUUGUGCUGGUCGGCUCCUUCGUGGCCUUCUUCGUGCCCCUCACCAUCAUGGUCGUCACCUACUUCCUGACCAUCAAUGCGUUGCAGAACGAAGCCACGCUCUGCCUUGAUCAGCUGGUCCCGCGGCCUAAAUGGAGCACAACAUUCACCUUGAGCUUCUUGCCGCAGACUUCGCUGUCCUCUGAGAAACUCUUCAGGCGCUCGAUAAGCCGCGAGGCCAGCGGCAGGGGAAGCACCAGUGGCCUGGGAGGCGCCCGCGGGAGCAUCUCUGGUUCGCUCUUUGGACGCCGCACAAUGCAGUCAAUCAGCAACGAGCAGAAGGCGACUAAGGUCCUCGGGGUUGUGUUUUUUCUCUUUGUUGUCAUGUGGUGCCCGUUUUUCAUCACCAACGUGCUGGUGGUGGUGUGUGACCCGGCGGUGUGCGACGCUGGGCUCAUGGGAGGCCUGCUGAACGUUUUCGUGUGGGUCGGAUAUUUGUCCUCGGCGGUCAAUCCGCUGGUAUACACGUUGUUUAAUAAAACCUACCGAGCAGCAUUCCUGCGCUACGUCCGCUGCAAGUACCAGCCGGAGAAGAAGCCUCUCCAGCUCAUACUGGUGAACACCAUCCCGCCGAUGGCCUACAGCUCCAGCCAGCUGCCCCUGGGCGACAUCGAGAAGUUACGAAACGGAGUGGCUCACUCUCGUGGCGAAGUGAAGGAUUUCUCACUACCUGGACAGGAAACGGAGAAGUUCAUGGCGGACAAAAGUCAUGGAGGCAAGGACGAGAGCUGUGUGUGA